AUGCGAUUGAAGACUGAGGAUGAAAUUUUGCAGGAAUUGUCUCUACUGGAUAAUACAACAGUUCAAGAUAGAGACUUCGAUGACUUUUUUGAACAUUUGGAAAUAGAUAUGUCUGAUUUAGUGACGUGUCCGUGCUGCUUAAAAAAUGCAAUAGGAAAUGAUUCUGAAGGAUUGAUUAUAUGCAAAUGUGGACUACGGUUACGAAAAGGAAACAUAAAAGACUUAGAAUCUGAAAUUUGGAUGAAUGUCAACAUGCAUUCAGCAAAUUGCUCCCGCACACCACAAUUUAUAUCAAUGCCAAACGAUGUUGCUGAUGUGCUGAUUAUUGGCUGCCCGGAUUGCAAAUUUAGCAAAGUCGUUUAUUAAUAAUUAAUAAUUGUAAUAAUAAUGUAUUUAUUUAAAAAU